CUGACAGGUUCGGCUGUGAUUUUUUUUAUCGCUGUGGUUCUUGGUCGUUGCGGCAGUUUUUUAAGCAUUUUUAUCGUUUGCCAAUGGAUGCUCAUAAAAGGCGUCUACCUCUGUCCUAGAAGGUUCCUGCUAAACGCAUUUCCGGUCUCAGUCAGUCCAUGGCCGAUCAGCAUGAGUCCAUCGAUCUCAGGUCUCCUCCAGUGGACCCAUCAGCAGCUGCAGGACACAGCUGGUUCCCAGGACCCCCUCCGCCCAUGUAUUCCUGCACCCUGACCCCUGAACUGGUGGCCAAGGCACGGGAGGAGCUCCAGGAGAAACCAGAGUGGCGUCUCCGGGAUGUACAAGCACUGAGAGACAUGAUAUUGAAGGAACAGCCCAAUCUCAGAACGAGGCUAGACGACGCCUUCCUCCUACGCUUCCUGCGGGCCAGGAAGUUUGACUACGACCGUGCCCUGCAGCUGCUGCUCAAUUACCACGCAGGCCGUAAAGCCUGGCCUGAGGUCUUCCAGGACCUGAAGCCAUCCACGGUGAAGCACGUCCUGGACCUGGGCUUUCUCACGGUGCUGCCACAGCCGGACCCCAACGGAAGAUACAUCCUCUGUCUCCGGCCAGGAAAAUGGAAACCAAAUGAUUAUCCAUUUGUUGACAAUGUGAGAGCCAUAUAUCUGACUCUGGAGAAGCUCAUCCAGCCAGAGGAGACACAGGUGAACGGUAUCGUCAUCUUAGCCGACUACACCGGAGUGGGGAUGUCACAAGCCUCCAAUCCAGGCCCGUUUCUUGCCAAAAAAGUUGUGAGCAUCCUCCAGGAUGGGUUUCCAAUCAGAAUCAAGGCCGUUAACAUAAUUAACGAGCCCAGGAUUUUCAAAGGCAUCUUUGCUAUAAUUAAGCCGUUUCUGAAGGAGAAGAUGGCAGAGAGGUACAUCCUCCAUGGCUCAGACCUGCGCUCCCUGCACCGGAACAUCCCCCGGUCUGUCCUGCCAGAGGAGUAUGGGGGGACCGCGGGCCAGCUGGACAUGUGCGCGUGGUCGAGAUUGCUGCUGGACUGCGAGGAGGAGUUCAUAGUGGAGUUUUGCCAGCCAGAUCCACUAGAGGGCGUGGUGCUCCCAGACUCCAUGCUGUUUGACGGAGAGCAGGGCAGUGGGCAGGACGACGACAGCUUCAGGGGGCUGCGCUCCCAACUUUACUACUGUUACUGAUGCACACCGUAGACGUGUAGACUCCCAUCACUGAGAGGACAUUUCCUGUUUCAUUUGAAACAUAUGUGUAGACUUUUACAGGGCAAGUUGCCAAUAUUAUACAUGAUUUAUUUUACUAACAAAGCAGCACUAUGUUAGGCAGAUCUGUCUUAUCUAAUUUACACAUAGCCCAGCAUUCAAUCAUGGUUCGAAGGCAGCUGCAGACUCAGGCAAAGAGGCUUCAGACAUGAGCCGAUGCAUGUUUAAACAUAAUUGGUGGACUUGAAUUUAUUUACAGUAUUUGCAGUAAAAGUCAGGUGCUCAUAUGUACAUUGAACGAGGUUUUGCUUGAUGUAAACAUUCCUCCUGUUCAUACUAUCUUCCUAAUGUGCUUCCAGUGGAAGAGACGGGGGACAAAAAUGUUUUUAGCUGAAGCUGUUAUGAGGCCUCAGCACCAGUCAGCCAAAUUAAAUGGGCUUCCACAAAGGUUACUGUCUUUGUAGUACAAGAUUCCUUAUUUAUGUUCUUAGCUGUUCACCAGCUCGGCACAGACACGCUCUCCAGGCAAACACAAAGAGGGGAUUUGGAACUAAAAACACUUAUUUUUGAGACUGCAGAAACCUCAUAUUAGCUUCAGCUGAACUACUGAGCGGAAAUGCAUUUUUGCAAUGUGGACUGUGGAUUUUGUCCCCCGUCUAUCCCACUGGGAGCACAUUAGAAGGGGGAUCUCUUAUCGGUCUUAUAGCAAGCAAAAAAAAAAGUGUUUUAAUGUACAAAAUGGGCAUGAGUGCUGUUUCAGGACAGACAUGACAGACAAAAAUGUGAACCUAUCCAUUAAUGUUUUCAACUGAGGCAGAAUUCUAAAAACAGCUUCUCAAUCUCACAUCUCCUCAGUUUGUUUAGCAUCUGCAAACAGGCAGUUAUAGACUGGCCAUUAGUGCUCUGUCUGCAUGGUUACGUCACCCCUCAACUGAUAAAAAUAAAAAAUGGAGACAGUUUUUGUGCUGCUAACCAUCUAAUGCAUUGCCUUAAACUGUUGUUAAUCAGUAGAUCCUCCUAGGGAAGCAUCAUAAGUCAUGUUGGAUGUGUGUGUACCAAAGCAAUAUUUGUUUUUAUUUUCAUCAGGGCUUGUUUUACAUAAGGCUGGAUGUUCUUGAUUGUUAGUUAAGUGGAAGUAGAUGGAGAAAUAGUAAUGUCAUAGAUUUACCAGUAAAUGUUUUUGUUCAGUAUCUAACUCAUACACAGAAUCUGAGGGCCUUUGUUUAGCUGAUGCUUUAGUUUUCUCUCGCUUGAAGAGGAUUAUUUUUCUAAGUUCAGAUAAUCUGCCUUAUGUUUUUUUGGUUAACCUUUUUUGACCUGUUUGCCUGUGUUUCAUCACGCAGUCUUAACACAGGGCCAUUACUGAUCACAGGAGUCACAUUGGGGGAAAGAACAUUCAGUCCUGACUCUAUACACAUCUGGUUUGCCAAAUUUUACACCAGGCCAUGUACAGAAAUGUGCAAUAAUAUUGGAUCUGUUUUCAUGUGGUAUAGCCUGAAGCUAACUUGAAUCGUUUUGGUCAGUCUUUUAUAUUUUUAUUUGAAGCAUGUCUGUGACUAUAAGCUGUAUUGUGUUGUAGAAAAUUUAUUGUUGGUAGCAUAGACAGUAAAGUAAAACUCA